AUGGAUUUGCAAAUGUACGCUACUACCCGUGGCGGUUUUAAGCAAUUGCUGCAUCCCUACUAUGUUGUAAAUAUUUGCUUGAGCCUACUUUACGUUUUAACGAAGAAACUACCCUUCACCUGCGAACUACUUUACGACCAGUGUGAAAUUGAUCUCCAGGAAUAUGAACUCCUCAUUUUCCUCGCUGCCUUUAUAACGAUGCGCAAUAAGAGACAGUUUUCAGUUCCCGAUUAUGUGGCUCACUUUUGCAUGUUUGCUAAGCUCUGCAACCUCUUAAUGUUUUGGCGUCACAGCCUUACCUACGCGACCGUUUAUGGGGUACUAUGGCUCUUCCAGGCAUAUUUUCUGUUCCAACCUGUCUACACCGGUCCCGAAUCGGUCUACUACUUUCACGAGUCCAACUUUGCCGAGGUGAUAGAACGUGGCGACCCCCGAGUGACGUGGAUCAUUGCUUUCUACACAGUCUGGUCGCCAGGAUGCAUCGCGCUGGCCCCGAUCUUCUCGGAGCUCUCGCAUGCCUAUUCGGGCUACACAGGCCUGCGCUUUGGCAAGGUGGAUGUGGCGCGGUGUUCCGCCCUCGCUCGCCAAGUAGGUGUGGACGCAACCACGUGGUCCAAACAGCUGCCCACCAUCAUCGUCUUCCGCGGUGGUCGUGAGGUUGAUCGUCGACCGGGUCUCAGCUCCAAGACGAAGAAGGUGGUGAAAUUUACUUUUACUUGGGAGAACAUCAUCGCCGCUUUCUCGCUCAACGACCUCUAUGCACAGUGCAAGCAGCACGAUGCACAGAUCAGGCGCUCCAAGGAGGGCAUGGAGAAAGCAAAGGCGGUGACGGAUAGUAGAAAGGAGAAAUGA